CGGGCGGGGGGCGGCGCGGCGCGGACACGAGCCGGAGCAGCAGCGGCCGCGGCGCCGCAGGGACCAGCGGCCCAGGGUCGGUCUGGGCUUCUAGCAGCCGCCCCGUCCCUCACGCGGCAGGGGGAAGAUGCCCGAGCAAAGCAACGACUACCGCGUGGUGGUGUUUGGCGCGGGCGGUGUGGGCAAGAGCUCACUGGUGCUGCGCUUCGUGAAGGGCACGUUCCGCGACACGUACAUCCCCACUAUUGAGGACACCUACCGGCAGGUGAUCAGCUGUGACAAGAGCGUCUGCACGCUGCAGAUCACGGACACCACCGGCAGCCACCAGUUCCCGGCCAUGCAGCGCCUGUCCAUCUCCAAGGGCCACGCCUUCAUCCUGGUCUUCUCGGUCACCAGCAAGCAGUCGCUGGAGGAGCUGGGGCCCAUCUACCAGCUCAUCGUGCAGAUCAAGGGCAGCGUGGAGGACAUCCCCGUCAUGCUGGUGGGGAACAAGUGUGACGAGACGCAGCGGGAGGUGGACACCCGCGAGGCCCAGGCCCUGGCCCAGCAGUGGAAGUGCGCUUUCAUGGAGACGUCCGCCAAGAUGAACUACAACGUCAAGGAGCUCUUCCAGGAGCUGCUGACGCUGGAGACCCGCCGCAGCAUGAGCCUGAACAUCGACGGCAAGCGCUCCAGUAAGCAGAAGCGGACAGACCGCAUCAAGGGCAAGUGCACCCUCAUGUGAGCCGCUGCCCGCCGCCCGCCCCGCCGCCUCCGCCCGCGCCUCCUGCUCCUCCACUCUCCCGUCCGCCUCUCGGCUGGGGAAACCGAGGCUGCCUGGCCAGCGGGCGGCAGGGCUGGGCUCCCCCGGCCCCUCACAUCGCUAUGCCCUCCUCCCCACCCGCCCCCUGCCCUGUCUGGACCCCCACAGCCAAGCGGCCCCUCAACCCACGGGGGGGGGGGUGGGGAGCAGGCAGCCAGAGGAGCUGCGCGUCCCAGCGGGGACCAGAGAGGCCAUCUCUCCUCCACCGCCGCCGAGGACCCAUCUCUGUCCCCCACCCUGAGUGUCCCCAGCCAGAUCCGUGCCCCUCCCCCCCUUUGAUCACUGUGACCUUCCGGGGGAGGGGCGUCCAAGUGCACAUGGACCUCAGAGUGUGGUGUUUUUCUCUUCUUGGUGUUCGACCUGCAGCCAGUCUCACCCAGACCCUCAUGACCUCUGACCUGUGCCCCCUCCCUGGGCCCCGGGAACACCCAUCCUGUCCCUGUCCACUCACCUCGGUGGAGGGGCCCGUGGGAUGGGCCUCAGGCCACCAGGCAAUAACCAUGGGGCCUGUAGGGGCACCCCUGCCAGCCCCAGUAGCACCCCUCGACCAGCAGACAGCCACAGCACAACCCCUGGGACUGUCCAGCCAGGACUGCCCGAGGGGCAGAUGGGCCCUGGGGCCUGAGUGUGAAGGUUUCCCCGGACACUGUGCCCUGGGGAUGUGCCCUUCCUUUGAGGCACAGAUGCUGGAGUGGUGGUGCUGGGCCUGGGCACUGAGCGCAGGGUGCCGGGGCCGGCCAGGGCCUGUCAGCUAAGGCCCUGUCCAGAGGAGGCGAUGGCACUCCACACCAGCAGGACCUGAGGGGGCUCCAGGUGGAAGGCCGCCCUGUCCCCUCCUCCACCCAGGAAGCGUUGCCCAAGUCUGGGGCACCUGCAGCCUCAAGGUUCGGGGUGUCUCUGUGAGACCGUCUGGGCCACUCCACUCAAGUGACUCCCCGGGGGCUGUGUCCUUCAGGAAGGACACUGCGGGAGGGUGCGUGGGUGGUGGUGCCUGUGCGUGUCUGUCGUUUGGACGGCGUGUCUGCAGCCUGCGUGAAGCAAAGGUGUAGUGCGUGUGGCGUGGACGGUGCCCGUGUGUGGGGCCGGCUGAGGGGUGUCUGCUGAACCGUCUGUCCGUAUGGGCACAGUUGUCUGGGGGGUGCCCGACGUGGUCUAUCUGUGAUCCUGUUUUUCUGACUCUCUGAGGGUCACCUGUCCACUCUCGUCUGUGGCAAGCUGACUUGUGGCUGCAGGACAAACUGGACCCCGGCAAGCCAUCGCCAGGGCAGCCACCCGGAG